AAGUCAAAUAAUGUCGUCUAAAUUUGAGCCGAGGGAGUAAUUUGAUAUAGUUGGUGAGUAUUCACUUGCUUAAUAAUGUGUAGGGCCUUUUCUUUUUGGCCUUGCCCCUUUAAUAAUGUUAUUUUGACAACCUUAAGAAUCAUUACUCUUGUUUGCGAACUUCCAUUCUUGUUCUGUCCUCGUCCUUAUAAAUUCCCAAUUCCAGUUGUAUUAAGAACCUACAAUCUAACCAUUGUUCGUCUUGGCAUUGCGACAGGCACUGGCCAAAAAAAAUGGCCUUAGAACAACUUUUUCAAGAGCAAAUAGCAGAAACUACCUUUGAAGAACGCAAUAUUUCCUUAGAGAAGUGGAAGACAAUUGAUGAUAAGCUUGAAGACAAUGCUCUGUCUGGAGGUUUAGAGUGUAACAUAUGCCUAGAUAUUGUGCAUGAUCCUGUUGUUACGUUAUGCGGACACCUCUUUUGCUGGCCUUGCAUCUACAAAUGGAUACAUUUUCAGAGCAUUUCUUCUGAAAAUACCUAUAACCAGAAACCAAAAUGUCCUGUUUGCAAGGCUGAAGUCUCAGAGAAAAUGUUGAUUCCACUCUAUGGUCGCGGUCAAGCAACAAAAUCAUCUGAAGGCAAGGCCCCGAAUCUUGGUAUAAUCAUACCACAAAGGCCUCCUAGUCCGAGAUGUGGGGGGAAAACGUUGGUAGAAACUAAUAAUUCAUAUCCAUCCCAGCAACUUCACCAUCAAAAUUAUCCACAAGAGUCUCCAACACAUCAAACGUAUACAACAGAACCUAUGUUAAGCCCCGGUGGCACGACAACAGGGGGAAUUGUUUAUUCACGGAUGUUUGGGAAUUCAUCAACUACUUUAUAUGCACAAACAAACUCAUAUAAUCUAGCAGCCAGCAGUAGUCCAAGGUUAAGAAGGCAACUAUAACACGCUGAUAGAUCACUUAGCAGAGUUUGUUUUUUCCUAUGUUGUUGUUUGGUAACAUGCCUUCUCUUGUUCUGAACGGCUUCUCUGCUAGCUCAUAAUUUGUAAAAUUAUUUGGUACCGGUAAUAUAUGAUGAAUAUACGGGUUUGAUCAAUGUAA